CGACCUGCACACAUCGAGGCGAACGCAGAAGCAACGUAGAAGACUGGUAGCAGAGCGAGUCUUCCCGUGGCGAAGUCUCACUUCAGAGCUCUUAGCCGCAUAGAGCGUAUAGGUACAUAGGUUACAGAGGCUCUUCGUGAACAACACUUAUACGGCAGUUAUUUUGAAGCUUUGCCUGAUUCCCCGUGCCGCCGACUUCGCGUUACGCGACCGGACCGAAGAUGGGGUCUGCGUGGAGGGCGCUCAUCCUGUUGGCGUUUGUUGGCGCGGCUCAUCCGUACGAUUAUGGCACGGAUGACAACGGCGUGUUCGACGUGUUCGACAUGAGCCGAAUCACCCGGCGCACGGUCGGCGUCAAGCUGGUGAAGGGGCCCGACGCCAACAGCCCCGCGUUCAAGAUCAUCCGGGCCGAGCGUGUCCCGUCGGCCGAGGAGCGCAGCCUCAAGAGCCUGCUGGAGGCGAUGCGUCAGGAGAAGAGCUUCGUCUUCCAGGCGUCGCUGCGCCAAGAGAAGCGCAGCAGGGGCACCAUCCUCGCCGUGGACUCGGCCGACGGAUCGGCCCGCCUCUUCGAGAUCGUGUCGAACGGACACGCGGACACGCUCGACCUGGUGCACGCGCAGAGCGUGCGCUCCUUCGAGCACGUGGACCUGGCCACAUUCGCGUGGAAAAACAUCACGCUGUACGUGGACCACGAGAGCGCCAAGCUGUACGUGGGCUGCGAGCUCAUCAACGUGCUGAGCCUGGACGGGCCCGUGUACCAGCAGCUGUACCCCGACAACAGCCGCCUGCGCCUGGGCAAGGGCUUCGUGAGCGACAAGGACGACUUCAGGGGCUCACUGCAAAACGUCCGCUUCAUCUUCGGCACGUCCCUGGAGGAUAUUCUGAGGAACAAAGGGUGCGUCAGGAAUGACGGCGGCGGUUUCCUUGGGACGCCUGCCAUCAAGACGGACUACACGGGGCACAAGGUGAACAAGGUGAUGGAAUUCUGUGGCAUCUCCUGCAACGAGGUCAAGAGGAUUUACAAUGAGGUCAAGGCUCUGCGCAGCACGGUCACGUACUUGGUGGACGGCCUCCAAAAGCUGAAAGAGGAGAACGAGAACCUGAAGAACACCAUGGACAUCCAGGAGAAGGGAAAGUGCCUGUACGAGGGGCGACUCUACGACAACCACACCGAGUGGACCAUCAACAGCUGCACCACCUGCACCUGCCGGGAUUCCAAAACGCACUGCCGGCAGAUCACGUGCCCUCCCGUCACUUGCGCAACUCCUCACGUCCCUGAGGGAGAGUGCUGCCCGACGUGCCUGCUGGGCGACAGCGAGGCCGGCUGGUCGCCCUGGUCCGAGUGGACCGAGUGCUCCGUGACCUGCGGAUCGGGCACGCAGCAGCGAGGCCGCUCCUGCGACAGCGUCAACAACCCCUGCGAGGGACCCUCCAUCCAGGGCCGCACCUGCCAGCUCAAGGCCUGCGACAAACGAGUCCGUCAGGACGGCGGCUGGAGCUUCUGGUCGCCCUGGUCGUCGUGCUCGGUGACGUGCGGCGCCGGAGUGAACACGCGCAUCCGGCUCUGCAACUCGCCCGUGCCGCAGAUGGGUGGCGACGAGUGUGGCGGCUCGGGCCGCGAGAACCAGAAGUGCGAGAUGGAGCCCUGCCCCGUGGAUGGGCAGUACGGGCCUUGGUCUCCAUGGUCGGCCUGUCCCGUGACGUGCGGCGGGGCCCUCCGUGAGCGGGCGCGCCUCUGUAACAACCCCAAGCCGCAGUACAACGGCAAGGACUGCCUGGGGUCCGAGCGCGAGACCGAGAUCUGCAACAAGAAACCUUGCCCCGUUGACGGGUGCUUAUCCAACCCUUGCUUUGCUGGAGCAAAGUGCAACAGUUUUGCAGAUGGCACGUGGAAGUGUGGGGCUUGUCCCAAAGGCUAUCAAGGAAAUGGGAUCGAGUGCUCUGACAUCAACGAGUGCGAGGUGGUGUCCGGAAUGUGCUUCCGUGAUGACCGCUGCGUUAACGAGGCCCCGGGUUUCCGCUGCAUGCCGUGCCCCCCGCGGUUCUCGGGCAACCUGCCGUACGGGAUCGGGCUCGAGGACGCCAAGCUUUCUAAGCAGGUGUGCGAGCCGCAGAACCCGUGCAAGGACGGCACCCACAAGUGCCACAAGAACUCCAAGUGCGUCUACCUGGGCCACCAGCGCGACCCCAUGUACAAGUGCGAGUGCAACCCGGGCUACGCGGGCAACGGCGUCAUCUGCGGCGAGGACACCGACUUGGACGGCUGGCCCAACAAGGACCUCGUCUGUUUGGACAACACCACCUACCACUGCGUCAAGGACAAUUGUCCCAACCUACCCAACUCUGGCCAAGAGGACUACGACAAGGAUGGCGUUGGAGAUGCUUGUGAUGACGACGAUGAUAACGACGGGAUUACCGACGAUGGGGACAACUGCCCCAUGGUGUUCAACCCGCGGCAAUACGACUACGACAGAGACAACGUCGGCGACCGCUGUGAUAACUGCCCCUACGACCACAACACGGACCAGGCCGACACGGACGGCAACGGCACCGGCGACGCCUGCUCUCCGGACAUCGAUGGCGACGACAUUCUCAAUGAAAUCGACAACUGCCCCUACGUGUACAAUGCCGACCAGCGCGACACUGACCUUGAUGGAGUCGGUGACCAGUGCGACAACUGCCCUCUACAACACAACCCAGACCAGUCCGACGCCGACUCGGACCUGGUGGGCGACACGUGCGACAGCAACGAGGACAUCGACGAGGACGGCCACCAGAACAACCUGGACAACUGCCCGUACAUCCCCAACUCGAACCAGGCCGACCACGACGGCGACGGCAAAGGGGACGCCUGCGACCACGACGACGACAAUGAUGGCAUUCCCGACGACAAGGACAACUGCCGCCUCGUGGCCAACCCUGACCAGCUGGACUCUAAUGGCAAUGGCCGUGGUGAUGCGUGCAAGUACGACUUUGACAACGACACCAUUCUGGACAUUGACGACGUGUGCCCCGAGAACUCUGGCAUCACCUUCACGGACUUCCGCAAGUUCCAGAUGGUGCCGCUCGACCCGAAGGGAACGGCUCAGAUCGACCCCAACUGGGUGGUGAGGCACCAGGGCAAGGAGCUGGUGCAAACCGUCAACUGCGAUCCAGGUCUCGCUAUCGGCUACGACGAGUUCAAUUCGGUGGACUUCAGCGGCACCUUCUUCAUCAACACGGAGCGGGACGACGACUACGCCGGCUUCGUCUUCGGCUACCAGUCCAGCGCGCGCUUCUACGUGGUCAUGUGGAAGCAGAUCACGCAGACAUACUGGCAGAACACGCCCACGCGCGCCCAAGGCUAUGCCGGGCUGCAAAUCAAGGUGGUCAACUCCACGACCGGUCCCGGCGAGCAUCUGCGCAAUGCCCUGUGGCACACUGGAAACACCCCUGGGCAGGUUCGUCUGCUGUGGCAUGACCCCAAGGUGAUCGGGUGGAAGGAUUUCACUGCCUACAGAUGGCAACUCACUCACCGGCCAAAGACUGGCUUCAUUCGAGUUGUGAUGUACGAAGGAAAGAAGGUCAUGGCCGAUUCGGGACCCAUCUACGACAAAACCUAUGCUGGUGGUCGUCUUGGAAUGUUUGUCUUUUCCCAAGAGAUGGUGUACUUUUCAGAUCUCAAGUAUGAAUGUCGAGAUUUAUAAAAUGUCUACAGUGCUCCGGAACUAAACAUCUAUCUCAGACAAGAAUCUGCAUUUCUUGGAGAGAAAACAACUUCUUCUUCAGAGAUUCUGCCUCAGCUUUGGCACCUGCCCCAAGUUUUUUUCAAAACUAUUCCAAUACAUUUUUGCGAUUCUACCAUAACCUCACAAUAUAGAGUUGAGGAUAACAAAAACUUCCCAAUUGCUGUUUUAUCAAAGUCCAUGUUGAUAUAAUGAAUCAAUAACUAUAAGCAUAUAUUUAUCGAUCAUGGGUGAAAUGCACAAGUGUAGACACUUGAAAGUGAGAUUUUCCAAAGGCUUUUUCGACAGAUAGUUUGUGAAACACAAUUGUGUGCAUACGUUGAUGAAAAUGUUUCAGUAUCAAGCCUAUGCACAGCAGUUUAGCACAAUUGUAUUAUCGUAGUAUUUUAAGGUAUUAAAAGUCAUUGUAGAUAUUUAUUUUUUUAAAGUACGAUUUAUGUAAGAAGCGCCCUCGUAACAUUAACAAAAGUCGGCACGUCUAAGAAAAAAAAACGCGUUACACCUAAAAACGUACCAAAUAAUGAGACAUCCGGUCAAAAAUGAAAGGCUUCCAAACACUUUUGUACUACACUAGUUAAUGCACAGAACAGAAGUACGCUCCUGCGAGAAUGGUUAUGCAUUGUUAAUACCAGUAUUCACGCACAGCAAAGUCUCAUGUUGGUUAUUGUAGGGUAACAUGUAUUCGUAAGUGUACGCUAUGGGCUACUAUGGUUUUGUUAAAUUAAAGCAAAGUACUGGUUAAACUCGUGCGGUGCUUACCUAAAUGCCUUCGUUUGGAAGGAAUCUUGCUUGAUAUUUCAGUAAACUCUUAUAGAAGCUUUCAAACCAGUACAUAGUGUAGGUAUGAAAAUAAACUAUAUGAACAUGUUGUGGGAAGAUGCGAUUGUUGUAGAUAGAAAAAAGGUAUUUUUUGUUAUUUGUUAAAUUACUGUAUUAGAUUAUUUAUUUUCCGCCUUUUUUUAUAAAGACAAGAGACCUUUCAUUGGGUCACAUUGUGGCAAAGUAUGAGAGUUAAUGCUAAUUUCAUUUUUUAAGGAAUGAGAUUGUAAAUAUGUUAUUUAUUGAAAUGUUUUAACACUUAGUGCUUUAUGGAGCUGUAUUUCUAAUGACCAUGGAACAAAGAAAUAUCUUGUCAUUCAAUUAACGUUAUUUCCAAGUUAACAUUUUAUUUGAUUGCAUUUUACUGAAUGGUUAUGUAUUUUUGUUGGACUUGCGUUAAGUAUUUUUUUUAGGUUAAAUAAAACGUCGCAUAAGCAUUUGUCAUUAAACAUCGUGUGUAACAAAAAAAUAUCAGUUUUAUUUUAUUCUGUACACAAUUUCCACAGUGAAAUGCAACGCAAAUUCUUUCACGCACAGUUUAGAGGUACAAUUGUCAACAUUUGUUCCAAAUUUUUACUCUUCAAAGAUUUACAUCUUGGUUGUUCCCAUUCUAUGAUGACUACAUUGCAAAUUGACCAAUCUCAAUAUAUUGAGUACCUCAAAUUCUGAGCUUGGAUUAAUACAUCGCCUGAGAAUAACAUUAACUAAGCUGUACAGAAUAUCUUCAUUUUGCCAAUAAUGAAGCUGCUGUAAUAUAAGGGCUUUGAGCUAAGUGUCAUGUAAAUAUAGUCUCUUUCAAAACCUGAAUUUUGUUAUUUUUAUUAGACAAUACGUAUGUUUAACUUCUUUCGCACCGUACGUAGCCAACUGUGCUAAUCGGAGGUGCAGGGGAAGGACAACAAACUAAACACAUUCAUCUCUGUCCUACAAUAAACAAAUGCUUUGUUAAGAUCUAGUGGACAUGUGUAGAUAGGAAAAAAGUAAUUUAUAUCUUCUUAAUGCAAGUAAAAACAUUUUUGCACAGCAUAACAUUCUUUUCUGUUCAAUACUGUAUUCAACUAUGAUGGUUAAUUUUGUAUCGGUCUCACUUCUGUAAAAUGCAUACUUUGUAGGCCGUCAUAAAUAAAAAAGGUUAUUAUUGCAA